AUGUAUGUCAGAAUUCACUUGUCAACAAUGUAUAGUAGAGUUUACUUAUCAAGAAUGUAUAGUAGAGUUUACUUGUCAAGAAUGUAUAGUAGAGUUUACUUAUCAAGAAUGUAUAGUAGAGUUUACUUGUCAAGAAUGUAUAGUAGAGUUUACUUAUCAAGAAUGUAUAGUAGAGUUUACUUGUCAAGAAUGUAUAUCAGAGUUUACUUGUCAAGAAUGUACGUAACAGGUCGUACAUGUUCGUAA